AUGAUUAAAAGAUUUCGCAAUAGGCGGCUUACAACACCACCCGCAUCCUUGGCAUCCUUUGACAUCGACGAACUAGACUCACCGCUCAAAGAAGCUAUGGACAAAAUAUGCCUUCCUGUUCUACUCCCCCUUUGUCCUUUGACGCGGUUCCGAAUAAUCCACAUGUUUGGAUUGAUGACCCAUUCACUCUUCAAGAAUUUACGAAUGCUAUUGCCACUAGCAAACGUAAAUCCAGUCCCGGAAUGGACAGAAUUGACAACUCUCUCAUCCGCGCCCUUCCCAGUGGCUUGUCCUCAGUACUUCUUGACAUCAUCAAUUCUCUGUUUAGACAUGGAGUCUUUUCAUCAACAUGGUUACAUUCACUAUCUUAUCCCCAAGCCUCAGGGUAAGGGCUUCCGCCCCAUAGCACUUACUUCAUGUAUUCUCAAGCUUACAGAGAAAAUGCUCCUUAACCGUUUGCAAUGGCUCAUUGAAAAUCAUGUGUUGCUUCCUGAACACCAAUUCGGCUUUCGCAGUUUUCGCUCUUGCCUGGAUAAUUUUACGAUAUUGACCGCGGAUGUACAAGCGGGAUUUCUGCAUCACAAACACACUGCCGCGCUAUUUGUCGAUAUUAAAUCUGCCUUUGACAACGUUCUUCCCAAUCUGCUUUUGCAAGAUUUAGCUUCUCUCAACAUUCCUCCCUGCACCUUGAAAUUCAUAGCAAAUCUAAUUUCAUGUAGAAACGUUCAGUUUGUAAUGCAAGGAACACUACACCCAAUGAGGAUUUCGCGCAAGGGCACCCCUCAAGGCGCUGUUCUCAUUCCUACCUUGUUCAACUUAUAUCUCCGUAGAAUAUCCUCGAUUAUUCAUCCUGAGACCAAAAUCAUUCAGUUUGCAGAUGAUAUAGUCUUAUACUCUACAUCAUCGAAUCCUAAACUAGCUGCGCAGUCUAUCCAGCAUUCCCUGAAAAGAAUGGGAGACUUCCUACUUCAACUGGGACUUGAAAUCUCACCGGAAAAAACGCAGUUUAUGGUGUUCACGCGAUCCUCAAAACCAAUCUAUUCGGGUCUUGCAAUUUCAGACAGGGAAACCAAAAUUAAUCCUUCUGACUCAGCUAAAUUUCUUGGAGUUACUCUAGACCCGGGACUAACCGGAAAACUUCAUUUGGAGCGCGUCAAUAAUAAAACACGCAAGGUCUCGCAAGUUUUAUCUGCCCUUAGAGAGGUGUGGUGGGGAUCCCCUCAUCAAAUGCUCCUCAACGUAUAUCGGGCCCUGUGUAGAAGUGUUAUGAAAUACGCAUGUCACAUCUUUUGCCUUGGCGACUCGAGAGGGCGUCAGAAGCUUCAAAUUACCCAAAACUCGGCUAUUCGUACCUGCCUUGGCCUUCGAAUAUCUACACCCCUCAACAUAUUAUUUACUGAAGCACAGGAACCCCCCUUUAAACUCAGAAUAAGGCUUCUCGCGUACAAAUACCUGCUUAAAACUCUUUCGAUUACUGAUCAUCCGGUGGUCGAAAGAUUUGAAAAUCUCAUGAUCCUAACCGACUCCCCCGCUAAGCGUUCCUACGUGGCUAGUAACUUCCCUCUAAUCUCAAUCUUUCGACAACUACAUCACCUCAAACAGCAAAUCCAUCAUACGGUUAUCCUACCGAAAUUCAGCUGCACCUUCGCGUCCAUAUUUAUCUCUCUAGAAAUAUUAUAUUCUCCUGAAGAAUUCUCAACUCGCUUGAGCAAUUCGUCUUCGGAGCUGGCACGAACCCUUUUCUUAGAAACUUUUCGGGAAUUUAUAGGGCAGUCGACUAUCUUUUACACGGACGGAUCUAGAAUAAAUGAGAGCUCGUGUGUUGGCGCGGCGUGGCACUCCCCUCACCUUGGGAUUGAACUUAUGGAUAGACUUCCUCACUACGCAUCCAUCUUUUCGGCAGAAGCAUGGGCUAUUUACAAUGUAGUUAUCUCGUUAAAAGUUUAUAAUGUCUACGAUACAGUCAUAGUUUCUGACUCAAAAAGCAUCUUACAAGCCCUAAAAGGGGCGAUACUAUACAACAAUAACUACCUGAUUCGCUCAUUAAGGCUAAACUAG